AUGGCGUCCACAGCCAUCUGGCGGGGGCCGUCCGUAAAGGCCGCGUGCCGGCCCUCUGCACGCCCAUUUUUGUCAGUAUCAGUGGCUCCUACAUACCGCGCGCAGCCCAGGGACGUCUGCAGGCGUGCUGCGGAGGAAGGCGCCCCUGCAACAGCGCCCGCCCCAGCCGACGCCGACCUGCCCGCGCCCGCCGCCGCUGCCGCUGCCGCCGCGCCUGCGAACGACUGGAGCGACGAGGUCGUCUUUUAUGAGGGCAGCGGGUCAAACAUCGAGCUGGUGCUGUCGAUCCUGCUGUCAGCCACGCUGAUCUACGCGCCGCUGACGCUCGCGUCGGUCGGGCGGCGGCUGUGGAUCACGAUCAAGGUGACCAACAAGCGCAUCGUCGUGACCAACACGUCCCCAGCCUUCAAAAACCAGACCCAGGUGGCGUUCUCCCAGAUCAAGGAGGUGCGCAUGGUGCCGCGCGCGUUUGGCGCGUGGGGCGACAUGGUGGUGUUCCUCAAGGACAAGUCGCGGCUGGAGCUGGUGGGGCUGGAGCGCUGCGAGGAGAUCAAGAGGCACAUCGACAGCUACAUCAGCUAG